CGUGACGCGUGAUCGCUGCCGUCCACCCGCGACGCUCCUGAAUCGCUCGCAGCGCAAGGCUGUAGCCGGCGGAUGCAACACGUCCCUCAGACUGACCGGUGCUGAAGCUGCGCGCGUCCCGAGGAUCCCAGCAUCCCCGCGUCCUUUCACAGCUACAGUAUGGAUCGUGAUGCCUUUUACCGUCUGAUCAAACUUCGCUCCGUUUUGUUUUGUCGCUUUAACCGUCACGCUCGCGUCCUCUCGCGAUUUAAUAUCGGUGGGAAUCGGUAACCUGACACGACAACUCGUUUUUGCGGUAGUUAUGCUUGUCGGUCUGACUCUCGAGCAACUGCGCGACGCUUUUAUUUAGUUGCACUUCGGCAUCGCCAAAAAGCGCAGAGGGAUUUCUGGAGCGAACCGCCUUCUGGACACUCAGCUGGAGCAGAACCAGUGCCAUGGGGCCCUUACUCUGGGAAGGGCGCCUGUCAUGUUUUCUUCUCCAUGCUUCUGUUCUCCUGCUGCUCAGCAAGGGGGAGCGGAUGUGCCCUGUGAGCUGCCGCUGCGAAGGCAAGAUUGUUUACUGCGAGUCUGGCGCCUUUCAAGACGUCCCGGAGAACAUCUCUCUAGGGUGCCAGGGUCUAUCCCUGCGGUACAACAGCCUCUUGUUGUUGAUACCUUACCAGUUUGCCCACCUCAACCAGCUGGUCUGGCUCUACCUGGACCACAAUUCAGUCAGCAUAGUGGACAGACUGGCUUUCCAGGGACUUCGCAGGUUAAAGGAACUAAUCCUAAGCUCUAACAAGAUUGCACAGCUGCAAAAUGGCACCUUUGAGACUGUCCCAAAUCUGCGCAACCUCGACCUGUCCUACAACCAGCUGCAGGAUCUGAUGCCGGGACAUUUUCACGGACUACGCAAGCUUCAGAAUCUUCACCUGCGCUCAAACAACAUCAAAAGCAUCCCUGUUCGUACUUUUAUGGAAUGUCGAAGCCUGGAGUUUCUAGAUUUGGGUUACAAUCGCCUACGGACUAUAACUCGCACGACCUUUCUUGGACUGCUCAGGCUGACAGAACUUCACCUUGAACACAAUCAGUUUUCCAGGAUUAACUUUUUCCUAUUUCCACGCCUCUUGAAUCUGCAGGCUCUUUAUCUGCAAUGGAAUCGCAUACGGUCGGUAGUGCAAGGUUCACCUUGGACUUGGCACACUUUACAAAAAUUGGAUCUAUCGGGCAACGAGAUUCAAGUUUUGGAUCCGGCUAUUUUUAGGUGUCUGCCCAACUUGCAUACGCUCAAUCUGGAGUCUAACAAGAUAAGCAACGUGUCCCAGGAAGUUGUUUCAUCGUGGAUCUCCAUUAGUACUAUCAACCUGGCAGGAAACAUAUGGGACUGUAGCUUUAGUAUCUGCCCUCUGGUGUCUUGGCUGAGAAACUUCAGGGGAACUAGAGAUGCCAGCAUUAUUUGCAGCACUCCCAAAACCCUUCAGGGAGAAAGAGUUAUGGACGCAGUGAGGAACAACUCUGUGUGCGAGGAGAUAUUCACUGUGGAACCGACCACGGAAUUAACUCUUCUUUUGACUACAACUACGACAACUCUUUAUGUAACAAAGCCACCCACAACCACCACUACAACCCCACGCACCACAACUAGACAGCUUUCUCAAGUUACCCAUGUACAAAGAGUCACCCCAAAAGUGUUAUUCCCUGUUCAGGCCAACAACGAAUUCCUACCACCCCUACCAGUGACACCUAGCAGCCUGCCCUUCACCCCUGAACCCGAGUUUGAGCAUAUGACUUUCCACAAGAUCAUCGCUGGCAGCGUUGCCCUAUUUCUCUCUGUGUCUUUAAUCCUAUUAGUGAUUUAUGUGUCGUGGCGACGCUACCCUAACAGCAUGAGGCAACUCCAGCAGCACUCCAUUCGACGCAAGCGCAGGAAAAAGACUCGAGAGCCUGAGCACAACAUCAACUCUCAACUGCAAGAGUAUUACCUAAGCUACAACCAUGCCAAUGCCGAGACCAUGGACUCUUUGGUUAACGGGGCGUGCACCUGCACCAUCUCGGGCUCCAGAGAGUGCGAGGUAUGACCUACCGCUAAAAAAACGCAUUCUCUGCACCGGGGAGUCAGAGAAUGCAUACACGUAUCCCAGACCGCUGCCAGGGGCCUGGAUGGGAGACAUAUCCACAAUUCACUGAGGGGCCCGUGAGAAAAUGCACCGCUGCCCAUAAUGAUUUGCAGCGGCUCAGAUAAAGCCUUUCCUGGAUUUUGCUUCAGCUCUGAGAAUUUUCCAACACAAAAGGAGAAAGAAUUAGGCUGAAUGGGCGGCGCACAUCCUCAACCCCUCAUUUUGGACUCUUUUAAAAGUGGAGCAAGCGGAUACGGCAUCAAUUUGACACCCCGUUCUCGAGUCGAACCGGUUUGGUUUUUUACUUCGACCAACAAUAAACAUCCCCCGCAAUGGGGCUUGCGAGCACGCAAGGCAAAUCCAUCCGUAAUGAACCAGCGAAAUGUUUCUCGUCCCUGCCAUUGUUGCUGUAUGAUAGCUACUACCUGCUCUCCCCAAGCAAUCGACGCCCACCGUCCAACUUCCCGUCCUGUUCAUCCCUUUGUGUUGUGUAGUGAUGUGACAGACUAUUCAUGCCGAACCAUCGGAAACGUCUCUCGUGAUCAGUGGAUGGUAAUUGCUCAAUUGAGCACAACCCACGAGGAUGUUUCUGAGGUCUACAUAACAACAGAAGAUAUUUUUGACUGCUGUGAAAACAUCGUGAAGAAAAGCCUGUUUGCUAGGACUGUAACCUCACCAAGCGUUCCCACUGUGAUUUGAUUUCAACCCUGGCUGAACUCGGACACACCACGGGAGAGCUGAAUUGUGGGUAUCGUAUGUGUGUCGUGAAUGUGCUUUUUUGUUCUCUGCUUAAAGCUGGAAUUUCCACCUUCCCUGGAUUUUUAGGAGUCUUUUCUCUUUGUUGAGACAGAAAAGUUAGCUGACUAUUUUUGUAUGAGCAACAUAUCAUCCGAAUGUGACGAAUCAAAGAGAGAUCGGCUUCAUGUUUUUGAAACACUUGCAUCUGGAUGCCUUUUUGUUGCUUGACAUCUGAUCAUCACUCCGGACGUUUUCUCUCAGCAACAUCUUGAUUUUGUGCUGCAAAUUCGGCAUGGCAUAAAACGGUGGUUCUCAACCAGGUCUGUUCUAAGUUCUGAUCAGGGUCGUGGAUGAGUAAUGAAGAGCAGCUAACAAUAUGAUCAUUCAUAUUAUAUUCAGUUUAGACGGCAAAAUAAAUGCUUUUGUUUUUGCCGACAAAGAUGUGUGCGAUCCAACUCUACAGUAUUUUGGCACAAAUUCAUCCACUAGACAGAAAGAGAAUCCAAAAAUGAAGAGGCUGCAUGACAUAAUCCUCAAAAACUGUGAACAAACUACUAAACAUGAGGAAAAUAUGACCCACACUACAUUAAAUACGGGUUCACAGGGUUUGUGUUUUAUAUUGUGAAUUUUUGUUUGUUUAGGGCAUCCACCUUUAGAAACCAAAAUAGCUAGCUUCUGUCACGUUAAUAAUUUUGCAUAUCGCUGGGCCUUAGCAUUUCUUGGAAAUAUUACUACAUUAAUACAGCUUUUUUUACUUUUUGUACUGUAAACAAUUUGGGUGUCGUGUCGGGUCACCACUUAAUUUCCGAUGCAAAAUCUGGGUUCUGGGUUGUAAGAUCUUCACACUUGGACAACCAUAAUACCUUCAUCCCAUUAGAUUUUGGUCCUUGAUGAGAUUCCUACUGACCCCAAACAUUAUACCGGUAGGGUGUAUCCUGGACAGCUAAAAAAAAGCCACAGGUAACAAGUGCAUCUGUGCAACAGUAGGACAAAGCAAUGUAAUAAUGUCGCUAAACCCAACCAGUGCAUCAAUGAAUGAGUGCAAACAGACAGAAAGUCCGCGCCCACUGCCAUCUGUCCAAAAGCAUCCAAAAAAACCCUUGAUUGUUGCAUAAUCAUUAUAAUUACAUCCAUUGUAAUUGAUUAACAUAUAUGCAGCUGUGCCAGUAACAAGCUGAGUGAGAACUAAAAAGGCCAAAGCAGAACAAGUGGUUAUUGCUAUCAGUCAAAGUUAUUAGAUAAAGAGAGCUGGAUUGGAGUUUGGAAGAGUAACUCGCUCUUAAAAACAAAGGUUCUUUUGUUGGUAUUGAUGGGUCCACUACAUAAAAGGUCCUUUAUAGCGACAUGAGGUUAUUCAAAUUAUUAACAUGGUACCACUAAGGGGAAAAAUUACCUGAAAGGUUCUUUGGAGAACCCAAAUGGUUUUACUAUGACAUCCCUGCUAUUAAUUUCCAUUUAAAAUCUUUAUUUUUAAGAGUGUAGAAACGUAACAUUUCACAAAAGGUUCUGUAUAGUGCAACGCGUUCUUCAAAAUAAGAAAUAAUUAGAUAACUAGAUACCUUCGCUAAAACUGUGAUGCUUGCACAAGCAAAACUGACCAGUAGUGUGCACUGCAUGGUUUCAGUACAAUGCUUCUGGGUCAUUACACCAUAUCAUAAAGGCCUACAUGCAAGUCUCUAUGAUAUUUUGAUCUCAAGAUUAAAGGCUUAGGUCCUCUCUUCGAUAUCUGAGGGAAUCUUUUGCCCGUUUGAUCACCUGCCAGGAAGAAAUCAUAAGUCAGAUCACUUAGAAAACGAAUAGCACGUCUUUCAACAAGCUGCGUGAUUUGUGGUAUCUCAUGCCCGAAGUACAAACGCUGAGGAUGAGCCACAAAUGGAUGAGUCACGCACUAAAACAGCUCUUAAUUCUGAGCAAUAGCGAGAGUUAGGCUUGCCUAUGCAAACUCCGCUGAGAAGAGAUGUAAAACAAACCGCUGAAUCGUGUGCCAUCAUGUGUCCUUUAGUGAGAAAUGGCCACCCUUAAAGUCUCAUGUUAUCAGAUCCUCUAAGGGAGAGCCACGUCUGCCAAGAACACACAAUCUAUCAAUGUCACUGCAGGGACGGUCUGACUGCGGGGGUUUCUGUGCAAUUUACUUAGUAACAUUUCACAUCCUCUAGAAGAACAGGCCAAAUAACUCACAGAUUUCAGAUUGGGAGAACAGCUCUCCCCUGAUUUAUUGAUUUUUGUUUCUUUUAGAAAUCCUUUAGUCAGAGAUAUGAUAAAAAAAAAAAACGUUUCGGUUGCUUAAUCAUGCCUCUCUGUUUAAAGCAUGAUGAAGUUUUUCUUACCUCCCAAGAAACAACUGGUCAGAUGAAUAAGAUUUUCCCAUAGUUCUCUGAGGCCUUUCACAUGCUGGUAUGCUCAAUAUGCAUGCGUAUUUCUGGUACCCAUCCACUUUUCAGAAUGCACAACGACCUUGGGUUUCUAAAGCAAAACUAGGCUGAUGGCGAAAACGAAAAUGAUGCAAUUUGCUUCCCUAAGAGGCCUCUAUUAGCUGAACAUGUUCAAGGCUCUGUACCAUUAUGAUUGAACUGAAGUAGACAGACGGUGAAGGUGUAAAUACUGAUUUGCAUUUUGAGCUCAUGUGUGAAAAGGGUCAAGGACAAAUUGCCCAGUUUUGCUCUUUCAAGCAGCACUCACAUUUUCUACGUUUGAGGACAUGCCUUUUGUUUAAAAAAUAGGCUUUUCAAAGCAUAGUUGUUCUUUAUGUUCUCAUUAAAAACAUAGAAAUGCUGUGAAGUUACAUUCUGUCUUAACCUUAUGAAGCUAGAAAACCAACAGAACCAGAAAACUCCAUUUGUUGAUGUCUUGAACUUCAAUUUAUGUAUUUUUCUGUUUUCAUUGUAUCCUUUGAUUUUUCCAUUAGUGGAAAUAAAUAAAAAAUAAAAAACGAAGCCACAGAAAUGAAAAGCAAAUCAUAAAAGAAUAAAUCACCCAAAAAUGAAAAAUUGCUGAAAUAUUACUCACCCUCAAGCAAUCUAAUGUGAAGUUAAGUUUUUGUUUUUUUUUCCUCCCUUCUUUUUAAUCAGAACAGAUUUGGAUGAAUUUAGCAUUACAUCACACCACGAGAAUCCAAACAGCUGAUAAAAAGUAAUCCGCAGUCUAUCGAAUGAUUUCUUGUGAAGUAAAAAAAAUAAAUUAAAAAGUGCAUUUGUAAGAAAUAGAUGUAUCAAAAUGCUCUUUUUUAACUUUAAAUUGUUGAUUCCGGCUAAAUAUGAAGAGAAAAAUCAAGCUCAGAUCAAACUCCAUUUACUAGCGAAAAAAGUCCAAAACAGGACUUAUAUUGAUGUUUUCAUCAUCUGUUUGGACUUUCAUUCAGGCGGCACCCAUUCGCUGCAGAGGAUGCAUUGAAGAACAAGUGAUGUAAUGCUAAAUUUAUCCAAAUCCUUUCCCGUGACGAAUUAAAUCGUGGCCUUAGGGUGAGGCCAUUUUCUUUGCAAAUGUUAAUUUUUGUAUGAACUACACCUUUAAAACCUGGAGAAAAAAAACACUCUUCAGCAUGUCCGGUCCUAAUUUCUUGUUAGCGAAAGGAAACAAAAUGCGCUCGUCAAUUAGUGUCGUCUAGUCUAAUUUCCAGGUCAUUAAUGCGAGUAAAUGACAUUGACCUUAAAUUUAUGCUAAUUAUCCAGGUCAGCUUUUCAAUUAAACUUCCCGCUAAAUUUGUCAUUACAAUAUGCAAAGAAAAACGCUUACCAAAUGAAAUAAAAAAAAAUAAGCAUUUUGGACCCCGAUGACAAGCGCAUCGGCACGGUGAUCUAUAUGUACAUUAACCCCGGAGACAGACGCGGCGGUUAGAGGUUAACGGCACUGACUCGAUCUCAGUCUGUGCUCGUGAAUGUUUGUAUGAAGGAUAAACUGCUCCUCCUUCAACUUUAAUGCCAGACGCAACAGACUCGCACCUGCUUUCUCACUCAUCAUCCAUGUCAUGCGUGCGACUGGAGAGACAUUUGAGAGAGGCUUCCGUGGAUGUUUCCAAGGUUUAAGACUGGUUAAGCUUCAUUGGCGACCUCUGUGACAUGAUCUCAAUCAAAAGGGGGACACUGACUCGUGUAUAAAUGAAACCACACUGGACGAUAUAACCAGAUCAAAACCUCGGGAUAUCGAAUUGGCUCAUGCCAAUAGCAGCUGCUGCUUCAAAGAGUUCAAUAAAAAGUGGUCCAUUUGAUGUGUUCCGCUAUAUUCCUAGCCUCCUGAAGCUUUUGAAUUCAAUACGUUAUAUUUGCGGCUUCAUACAGGACUUUGAAAGUCGACACAUAAUAGACGAGUUGUAAUUCACCUGUGGGAAAAAUGAAUAACAAAAACACAUUUUAACAUUCCAAGGAAGAAAAAAAACUAAUUGCUUGUGAGGUUCUUCAUUCGUAAGUCGCUUUGAAUAAAAGACUUAGAAUAAUCUUGCCCACCGGUAAAUGCAUAAUUAAUGUAUAAAUAGCAGCGGUAAUGACCCUGGUUAACACAAAUUAGUACAAGCUCAACGCGAGACCAGUUUGAUCGCGUUUACGUUGACGUGCUUACAAUAGAAGUCAAGGAUUUUUAUAUCGGAUAUAAAAUUGUAAAGAAAAGGCCAGUAAGUGAUUUCAUCACGCUGUUUCGCGUAAACACCAAUUACGUUCAGGUUUUGAUCACUUUCCUUUCAAAACAUUUUUUCUUGUUUAAUGACUACCGCUGAAAGAACCGUAAGGUAAAAGCACCUCGUGCUUGUUUUUACAUCCUGAAGUGGAAUCGAUUUUCACCGUGUCACAGAUGUCGUCUCUAUAGCUUUAUUUAGAUUGAACCGGAAUUUCUUCAUUAAGACUUCAUUAUGAUGAUGCAUCAAUCACACUGUGACACACACUGCUUCUGUAUGUUCAUCUUUCUCUGUGAUCACAGUCCACCUGGCUGUGCCUUGCGGCGUGCAUUUCAUAAAAAAUAUCAGCUAAAAUGAAAAAAAAAAAAACACAACGCUUGCCAUGCUCACAUGUACAGACUUGUGAAAUCCUGGACCAGAGAUUAAAGAUAUGUUGAUAUUUGUAUUUUUAUCUGUAUCCUCGGUAUGUGUGUGACUCCGUUUCUUUAGAAAAAUAAAAGAAGUACUUUCAUAAAAUCA